ACAUGAGUUAUUAAGCUAACUGUCAGGGAUGGAGAGCGCCUCUUCUUCGUUGGUGGCUCAGGACUCUUUCCUUCAGAGGACGUUGGGGCGAUUAUCUUCCACUCAGAGCCUGAAACUCUCCGCUGAGGAAGCGGAUCCCGUUGCUAUCGUGGCCCUUCGGCGGUACCUGUCCGAACCCACCGACGGUCAGAACCAGGAGCAGCAGUUGGACAGCUACGAUGUGACGAUCACUGACGGAGUCUGGAGAGCCAAAUGCUUCCUCCAUCCCAGUCUGAACCAGUUGGUGCACAGAAACGCCCUGAGGACUGGGAGUGACGUCAACAUCAGGCAGUGCUCCUUUGUUUACAAUGAGAGGAGAUUGGGUCAUGGUUUUAUUUGUGUGGAGAAGGUGGAAUGCAUCGCAGAACCGUCCGCGGUUCUGCCCCGCAUCUCAGACGUCAGCUCGCUCCCCCUGCUGGUCAAACAGGGUAUGGAGCGGAGCGCGGACCUGCAGGGGGACACGCCCCUCCAGGUGAGCCGGAAACACUACCUGCCCCUCUGGAACAACGACGACCCGGAGGGGGACAUGUGGAGCCCGGCUCAGGCUGCGGCAGAACCGGUGCUGGACGUGUCCAAGGUGGCUCUUCUUAGCACUCUGGAGUCGUCCUUCAGAGGCUCUUGGAAACCUCUUCCUAUCCUGGUGAAGAUAAUCCACAAAUCCAGGCUGAGGUAUUAUGGGAAGUUUGGGCAGAGGAUUGAUUACCCCUACCAGGCUUACUUCGAAGUGGCCGAUCAGAGCGGCUGCAUGUCUCUGGUGCUGUGGAACGAGCUCUGUCUGGAGUUCUACCAGAGGAUGACGGUGGGCUCCGUGCUCUACCUGCAGAACUACAGCCUGAAGCAGAGCUAUUCCAACAGGUCCCGCCCCCAGAUGGACCACCACAGGCUGAGAAACUUCUCCUCUGUGGAAAUCUGUCUGAACCCUCGUAACCCCGCGGCCGUCAUCACCGUGGUCUCCCAGAAGGCCGUCCCACCGCAGUGGGGGCUGCCGGAGGCGGCCUACAGGUUCACCAGCAGGUCAGAACUGGACAGGCUCCCUGCUGGUGCCGCUUGUGAUGUCAUCGGUUUGGUCACGUUCGUCGGUCGCGUUGAAAGAGUCAGAAGUAAAGGAAACAAAGGUCCAGAACGGUUCUGGACGUACCGCUGGGUCCACGCUGUGGACGGAACAUCCAAUCAGCCUUUCAUCCUGGAGCUCUUUUCCUCAUCCCAACCUGAAAUCUUCAACCAGAUCUGUCCAAUGACCUACCUGGUGUGCACCCAGGUGAGGCUCUGUCAGGUGGAGGACUCCCCGCCGUACCUCACCAGCAGCUGUGAGACGGAGAUCUUCAUCACAGGGCACCACAAAGGACGGCCGUAUGUGAGCGACCCCAGAGUGAAGAGCUUCAUUCAGUGGACCAAAACCCUGAAGGACAACAUGAUCCUCCAGAAAAGCGCCGUCGGGGGCCACUACUGCUACCCGCCCCCCCCUCAGAGAUUCGUCCAAUCAGCAGCGGACUCUCCAGGACAAAUUCCUUUGAUUGCUGCGUCUGACCUGAAGAGGGAGCUAGAGAGCCUGCAGUACAGGGAGCAUAAGACGGUGGCCCUUCAGGGCCAGAUCGCAGCAGUGCGCCACCUAGAGACGACCUGCCGGGCCCCACCGGUUCCUGAUGACGACCCGCCAGCGUCCCCCUCCACCGACCGGCGGCGAGCCGACCCAAAGAAAAGGAGGAUUCACAGUUCGACUGAAAGGCCGGAGCACCAAACCCCACCAGGAGAGAGGGAGGAGGAGGAGGCUCGGGUGUCCCCCCCGCUAGAACCAGCCCCCCUCUCCUGGGAGAGCAGCAGGUGGUCGGAGCAGCGAAGGCGACUUUCUGAGCAUCUGAGUGAAGGCGGCGCCCACCAGAGCAGCGCCUCCCGCAGGUUCUCCUCCGACCAGAAGAACGGCCUCCUGCAGUGGUGCAACCUGCAGCCGAGCCGCUGGAGCCCAGAGGCCGCCGCCCCCCUGCCCCCCCAGCCCUGCCCGGGUCACCUCCAGCUCACCAUACUGGGGAUCAACCAGCAGAUCGCCAUAGACGCAGCGUUCCUCCCUGUGGUCUGCUCCGACGACCCGCGGGCCGUCGGCCGCUGCCAGGAUCCCCAUGACAACUCCAUGCUGUCCUGCCUGUCGACGGGUCUCCUCUGCCCCCUCGGCGGCGCCACCAGAGGCCGAGGAUUAACACUCCGUGAGUCAGAGGAGAUUCUGGCCACGGCCCAGGAGCUGGAGGACAAACAUGUGGUGUGCGUUCUGGACCUGUGCCGGCUGGACACCGAUGAAGUGGAGGUCCUGGUCAACAAGGUGUACAGGGUGACGGACGCCACGGCGGACUAGGAUGCGAUCCGACAGCUGAGGUGAAGCUCAGGAUGAUGGAAAACAGAAAAGUUCACCUAGAAGUGACCUAACUCACAAACGUGGAAAAAUAAACCCAAACGGUCGAGAACAGGAGGAGCAGCCAUCAUCAUCAUCAACUAAAAAACUCAUAUUUACACCCUUCAUCAGGAUCAUGACGAACCCAACGAUUCUGGUUCUGUCCGGCCGGGACCAACGGCCCGGUUUAACCUCAAUCGACAGAAAGGCAAACAAAACCAAACUCUGAUCUGUGGAUGAACCGUUUUCCCCAGAAGCAGAUGUUCUAAAACAUUUAGCUACGAUGUUUACAGGAGGUUCCUACCAUCAUCAGAGCAUCAAAGGUUGAAAAUUGUUGGAUUAUGGCUUACAGCAGAUUAAAAAGAAAAACUAUUUGGCUUCAUAAUCAUGAGAUUUAUUAUUAAUAAAGUUGUUUUUAAUGUGUGUGUGGAGGCUUUAGAUUCCGUCUAUCAUCCCAAAGGCUGCUUGUUUCCGUCAAAUUUUUUCCUUCCACUUAACUUUCCAACAAUAUGCCUUGG